CCAAGAUUCGUCUCUCCUUCCUUGGGACAAUCGCUGUGACAGUAUUGGCAUUGCCGGUGUUGCCAUCGUGUCGGUCGUCGUGUCGCUGCUGUGCGAUGCGCGUGGCCGGCCGAGCGCUCAAUUCUUCCCGAGCGGCCAAUGGUACACUCACCUCCUCUCCUAUCCUCAUCACCUGAAUCAUCCCCACUUUUCCCUCCACGACAUGAUGCUGGCGAGCAGAGAAAGGCAACGGUCGCUGCUACCUGCACUGGCGGCGGCCAUCUUCGCCCUGUCCUCGCUCUUCGUCGGUGCUGCGUCUGCCUCCCCCUCUCCCUCCGACUUCACAGUUCACUCCAUCUCGGUCAACCACGAGUUGGGCGGAGCUCACCAUAAGCUAUCGCAGCUACACCUCGUCCAGCAGCCAGACGACCCUGCUCAAGGGAAGAAAUACUACAUUGGUCUGUCCGCGGCCGAAGCUUCGUCUCUGUCGCAGAAUGAGGUCAAUCUCAAAUUUGGACCAGGAGUAGAGCCAUUCCAGCGAGCAACGACUAGUCUGCGAGCAGAGGGUUCCGUCGCUAGCUCGGCAGGUUCGGCAGAUCUGACUCACUUGUACUCGAUCGACUUGCCCGAGAACUUCUUGGAGAAAAGCCCAGAGGGAAUCGCCACUCCCAACAUCACCAUUUCGAUAGACUUCCUCUUCCACCGCCUCGCUUCCCCUCUGCCCAAGUUGAUCGGACAAACUGAUAGCGCGUCGCUGCUGUGGGAAGGAGACAGCGUCCCAAGGACUCCUUAUGGGGCCAACAAAGUCAGGGUCAAGGCUCGAACUCCUACGAGCCAGAUCCACUCAUACAAUCUCGCGCCAUCCUUCCCUGAUGACGCUGAGCUGAUGACAAAGUCAGGCGCUACGAUCACUGUUGGUCCUCAGGUGAAUGUUCAGUCGAUCCUUACAUCUCCGGAUAUCCAGCAGCUGCGCGUCCACUACGGAUACGAGAGUCCAAUCGUGUCAAUUGUGGAUCUGCAGCGACACGUUGAGGUCUCACACUGGGGCGACAACCUUGCCUUCCAGGACCGCGUCUGGAUCCGGAACGAUGGACCGGGCCUCAAGGGUCACUUCUCCAGGGUAGAGCACCAACUGGGAGCUUUCCUCAAGCGACCCUCGAAGAACCUCCUCACAGACUUUUCCAUCAUCCUCCCUUCGGGUGCCAAAGAUGCCUACUUCAUCGACCAAAUCGGCAAUGUCUCCACCUCGGCAUUCAGAGGAACCCCUCCGAAUGCAGCACACAUCACCAAGCCAGCGUAUCAGCUGCCAGCAGACCAGGCCUCGUACCUUCACCUCCAGCCGAGAUACCCCCUCAUGGGAGGUUGGAACUACACCUAUGAAGUCGGCUUCAACCUUCCCCUCUCCAAGGGCGGCUGGCUCCGAUCCCUCAAGAAGGGCAAUCAGUACACCGUCGCGGUCCCCUUCUACUCUGCCGUGAGGGACAUGCCCGCCAGCAAGGUCAAGACUCGAAUCGUCCUCCCCGAGGGAGCCACGCCCAUUUCGGUGCACGUGCCCUUCGAAGCCGAUUCGGUAGAGAACGAAGUCUACACUACCUACCUCGACACGAUUGGUAGGCCUGCAGUGGUGAUUGAAAAAAGUAGGGCAGGAGAAGCAGAGGCUGCCAACGUCUAUGUGCAGUACGAGAUGGCUGCAGGGGCUGAUUUGCUCAAGCCAUUUGUUGUCACCAAUGUCGCGCUACUGCUCUUCAUUGGGGCUGUGGCUAUGAGGAAGCUGCAAGCUAGAGGUUAGAGAAGAUGUGGAAGAGAGAGAGAGUGGGAGGCGGAGUGCAGACAGCGGGAGACGAGGUUGGAGGAGCUCUCAGGCUCUGCCCGUGCCGAGGAUUGAAAAUGUCUAUAAGCUUUGCCAGAGUAGCCAAUUAAUACAGUAUCGACGAUGUCCUCUUUGUGGCGUCAGAGCUGUGUAAGCUCCAGCUCUCUCACGGUGAAGUGCUGAUGGGUUUGUUGACAAUCCAUGCUUCUACCAUCUACGAUAGACCAUAUCCUCCUCCUCUGGCCUCCAGAUCAUCUUCCUUUUUUCUUUAACCCCCUUCG